CCAGAGCGGGUGUCGUGUCAACUUGCAGCUGCUUGUAGCAUGCGGCUGACCGCCGCUGUCAGCCUUGUCCCAGCCUUGCUCGCAUGGCAUGGCUCUGCUACACGCAGUCCGCCCAUCAAGAUAGAUUUGCAAGCUUCUUGGGCAGCAGCGCCGCUUGUCGUCCAGAUCCUAGAAAGCAUAAGUCUUCAGAGUAAUGAUGCGUUCUUCGAUCUGCUUUCCGACUUCACCACGUCUGCUCAGGCAUUGAUUGAGUCGCCUUUGGCCGCCCAUUUGAGCGCAAAAGAUGUCUACGAUAGAUCUCUUGCGCUCAUCGCUGCUUCGCCGCAUUUCAAGCAAGAUGGUCAGAUACAGCUCUUGAAGCUCAGUCUGGCCAUGCGCGAAGCCAGUCCGGCAAUAGAAGCGCUCUACAACGUCUCUGCUGGAGUGGUUGCCAACGCGCGUUGCGCAUCAUGGGUGCAGUACAACGAUCAGACGGCAUGCACGAGUAAAGAGCUGCUCACUUUGAUGGCCUCUGAGGCUGCGCAUGGCGCCAGUCCAAAGCUGCAUCCUUUCGAUCAUGUCAAAGCGCAGAGCUCGACGGUGCCGACUGCGAUUCUGUAUACCUCGCUGGAUUCAGACGCGGUCUACGACCUGCAUAGAGAGCUACUCUCGCGCGCACAAUCAGGGAAAUUGCAGUAUGUCGUAAGAUGGAUCAGACGCAGAGAUGAGAACGCACGCAAGCUUCGAUUGUCAGGCUGGGGCGCGAGUCUGGAUAUCAAGAAAUCUGACUACCUUGCAAUUGACGACCGACUGCAAGCUGACAAUGUAGAAAGCAAUCAGACCAAUGAUGGCAGCGCCUCAUCCGAUACAAAAGACUAUGAUAAAUUCGGUAAUCCAGACGAGAGCACGGACGAGCUAGCGCCACUGAAAGCACGUCAGGUCGCCCAUCUCGGCUUGCGAGCGCUUCAGAUGAUCAAAAAGUCACAACACCCUCUUGAUACCUCGGUCAGACUUUCGCAAGACUUUCCGAAGCUUGCCUAUCAGCUUGCUACCGAAUGGGAGGAUGAGCUCGACGACAAGCUUGCGAGAGAACUGUCCAAUGCCCAGGCGCGCCAGAUAGAAGGCGGGCGCAAUGCCGUCUGGAUCAAUGGUUUGCUGCUUGAAGAGACAGAGAUGGAUCCGUUCCGUCUGCUGAAAAUAUUGAGGCGCGAGAGAGAUACCAACAGUCGCUUCGCUGCAAGGGGUCUCACGCCGCUUCAGACAAUGUCACUACUAGCACAUCCGGCUCUAGCGAGUGCAAGUGCGGCAGGAUCCGGUCCAGCAGCGAGUGGUCUAGUCGAGGCUUCUGCAUUGGGCGCUAUCUUUGACGCAAGCGACAGGCAAGAGGAUGCGAGUGUGAUCUUAUGGUGGAACGAUCUCGAGAAAGAUAGACGAUAUCGCACGUGGGGUAAAUCGCUCCGAGAGCUGCUCCGGCCGACUUACCCGGGCCAGAUGAAUCAGGUUGCUCGCAACCUUAUCAACGUUAUCUUUUCGCUAGAUCUCAGUCUACCCGCCAGUCAUGCGCUUCUCAGUCAGCAGAUUGCCGUCUACAUCAAUAGAGGCUUGCCUGUGCGUUUCGGUCUCGUGCCUUUCAUUCCCGAUGAGAGUUCUUCUCGGCGCGGAGUUGCCUUGGCAGCCAGCCAAGCUUUCUGGCAUCUCGUCGAGCGUGCAGGCCGUGCGCGGGCUCUCGCUUUCCAUCAAGAGCUUGCCAAGAGCAGCAAGUUGACACUCGAGGUCAAAGAUUUGCGCGAGGCGUACAGAGCAGCUAUCGCAGGCUUGCAAGCAAGCGCAGAUCGUCCAGCGCCUGUGACCUUCGAUCAGCUUGAUUCUGCAGGUGAUGUGCCGGAUCGGCUGCAAGAGCAACUCUCAGUGACGGAGAAGUGGCAGACCCGGCUGGGGCUGUCAGAUUUCCUGCCUACUGGCUCACAGUAUGGCCAGGUCUUCAUCAACGGAGGAUAUCAUCUUGUUGACGAAGAUUGGCGCACUCGCUUCCAGACAGCAAUGAACAUACAGAUGCAAUACCUACAGCAGCAGGUCUACAUGCGCGUCCUUGACGACAGCGCCGAUGUCUCUGUCUUCUUCUACGACCUCGACACCUCCUACGGCCGUCGGAACAAGUACAUUUUCCCAUCUGAGGAGCGACCAUUGCGAUUACUCGAACCCAGUCAGAUCGAUGCGCUGUUUGAACGAGCCUACACGCGCGAUGCAUUCCUCACGCGUAGUCAGAAUGCCAGUGCAGCUUCUGUCUGGGUGUUCGGUGAUCUAGCGAGCAAGCAAGGGGAAGCACAAGCGCGAGAGGCAAUCAAGCUUAUAUGGGCUCGCCGCCACGCUCGUAUCUGCCUCGUCCAUACAGGACAGUCCACACCCGCCGAUGCCGAGCUGGUUCAUCGCCUCAAGUUGCAGUGGAAUCUGCGUGUACACGGCAAAGGCUACGAUGAGAUGCUCAUUGUCGAGCUGCACAACGAGCCAGACAAAGACGAAGUAGAUCCAAACUUCUUGCCCUCUACGUCUCCAGAUUCGCGAGCCUUCGAUGCUGCUUCACCUUUUGCGCCUGGCGAGCUAGGCGUCGUCAUCAAUGGACGUGUUGUGGGUCCUUUCGAGGAUGUAGGACUGCUUUCGGAGGACCUUGCAAGCCUGAUCGAAUUCGAGCACAAGACACGCAUACAGCCGGUUGUCAAAGCGAUCGAUGCUAUCGCUCCAGGACUGCUUACAGGCGACUCCAAGACCAUUGCGCAAACGGUUGCAGCGCUAUCUGCAUACGCUGCGCACGCCUUGCAGCCGGACUCCGAGCAGAGCAUGUUCGGCCCAUCGAGCAAGCUCCGCAGUACCGACUACAUGGUACUCAAUGGCUCGCUUACCUCGACCUCAAGUGGCAAUCCUUCAACAGCCUGGCUGCAUUUGGGAGCUGCCAUUGAUCCGCUCAGCGAGGUCGGUCAGCGCUGGUCAGCCAUCGUGCGCGAGCUAGCUUUGAUGCCCGGCGUCUCGACUCACGUCUUCUUCAAUCCCUCGCGAACACUUGCUGAACUACCUCUCAAGCGUUUCUACCGCUUCUGCAUGUCUCGAGAGCUAGCCUUCGACUCGAACGGAGCAGAACUGGAACCGCGCGCAGAGUUCCGUGGCGUACCCUCAUCUGUGUUGCUCACUUUCGGGGCGGAUGUCAACCCAGCUUGGCUUGCGUUCCCAAAGAAGACUGUCUACGAUCUCGAUAACAUACGCUUGUCCGAUCUGCCGGCAAGUGCCAAGCAGUCUGGUCUGGAAGCGACACUCGAGCUCGAAAGCAUUCUCGUUCAAGGUCACGCCCGCGAGAGUCCCGGAAAUUCUGCACCGAGAGGUCUACAGCUUGUACUCGGCACCCAGGGACAGCAAGCAACUGUUGACACCAUUGUCAUGGCCAAUCUAGGCUAUUUCCAGCUGAAAGCAAAUCCAGGUGCAUGGCAGCUUGCCAUCCGACCAGGAAGCCUGGGGGAACAAGUCUAUACGAUGGAAACUGCUGGUAACCUCGGUUGGAAGAGCCCGGCAAACCGUGACAGCACCAUCAGUGUCUACACCUUUGAAGGUAAUACAGUGUUCCCGCGAUUCGUUUACAAGACUGGCAAAGAAGGCACAGAUCUGCUGAGCGACGUAUCCGCGCCUCCACCGAAAGCAAAGGGCGACGGUAUGCUGGGUCGACUGAAACAAGCCGUGAUGGGCGGUCACGACGCCAAGCAGUCAGUCUUGGCCGUCACGGAGACUGAUCCUACAAUCAACAUCUUUACGGUCGCAUCAGGCUUGCUGUACGAGCGGAUGGCGAUGCUGAUGGUCAUCAGCGUUCUGCGACACACAAAAAGCAAGUGCAAGUUCUGGUUCAUCCAAAAUUUCCUGUCGCCAUCCUUCAAGGCCUUUAUUCCCCAUCUCGCGCGGGAAUACGGCUUUGACUACGAGCUCGUGACGUACAAGUGGCCUCAUUGGCUGCGUGCCCAGAAGGAGAAGCAACGGACCAUCUGGGGGUACAAGAUUCUGUUCCUGGACGUUCUGUUCCCGCUGGAUUUGCACCGCGUCAUCUUUGUCGAUUCGGAUCAGAUUGUCAGGCACGAUCUUCAGGAUCUGAUCGAUAUGGAUCUGAAGGGAGCUCCCUAUGCCUAUGCACCUAUGGGCGAUGACCGCAAAGAGAUGGAGGGCUUCCGCUUCUGGAAAUCUGGCUAUUGGCAAAACCAUCUGGCUGGUCGACCAUACCACAUCAGCGCACUCUACGUCGUAGAUCUUGACCGCUUCCGUCAGGUUGCAGCUGGCGAUAGACUUCGACAGCAAUAUCAAGGAUUGUCUGCCGAUCCUGGUUCUCUGGCCAACCUCGACCAGGACCUCCCCAACAAUAUGAUUCAUGUCAUACCUAUCCAUACACUCGACCAAUCAUGGCUUUGGUGUGAGACGUGGUGCAGCGACGAGUCUCUCAAGGAUGCGAAAACGAUCGAUUUGUGCAAUAAUCCUAUGACGCAUGAACCUAAAUUAGCGCGCGCGCGCCGGCUGAUACCCGAAUGGAAUGUCUACGACGCAGAAGUGGCUGCGCUGGCGAAGCGCGUGGCUGCAACAGCCGAUCCUGCCGAAGCUCAAGCUUUUGCAGUCGACGCGGGUGGCCUCGAGCAAGCCAAGCUGCAACAAAAAGAGUAUGUCGACGAAGGCACUGCUGGCGAUGCCCCAGUUGAUGGUGCGACGACGCCCGAUGAACAUCGCAAAGACGAAUUGUAAAGCGUGUACGUAUGUUGUGCAAGUGCAAUAGAUCAAAGAUGUGCAGAAUGAUACAAGUGAUGCAUACAAAGGGCGAUGAGACAACAGCAACAAG